GGCCGGGCGGGGGCGGGCUGAGGCUCUGCAAAGUUUGCGGAGUGGCUGGCGGCGCCGCGUGCCCCCCAUCCCUGUUCCUUCCCGUCACUUUUUUCCUCCUCCCGCUCCCCUCACCGCCUUCCCUCCUCGGCGGUGGCUCCGGGGCAUGAGCGGGAGCCGCCACCCGCGCUGAAGGAGAGAGAGAGAGAGAGAGAGAGAGAGGCGGGAGGUCUGUCUGUCCGCGAGGCAGCGCGAGGGACGCGGGUAGCGGCUCCGAGCCCGCCAUGCCCCGCCGGCCCCGCGCCGCGUCCGCUGCCGUCCCGGCGCUGCUGCUGCUGCUAGUGCUGGGGGGUCCCGCCGCCGCCCGCUGCCCCGCGCCCUGCCGCUGCGCCGGGCACCUCGUCGCCUGCAGCCGCCUGGAGCCGAGCCAGCUGCCCGAGCGGCUGCCGCGAGGGGCGGUGCAGCUGGAUCUAAGUCACAACAAAUUAUCUUCAAUCAAGGCCAAUUUCUUUGAUCAUCUCCAUAGUCUUCGGGAAGUGAAGUUGAACAACAAUGAACUGGAGAUCAUUCCAAAUCUGGGACCAGUCUCUGCAAAUAUAACUCUUCUGUCUUUGACCAGUAAUAAGAUUGCCAAUGUCUUGUCUGAACAUCUGAAGCCAUUUCAGAGUCUAGAAACUUUGGAUUUGAGCAACAACAACAUAUCAGAGCUAAAAAUAUUAUCAUUUCCUUCUUUACAGCUCAAGUAUCUGUACAUUAACAGUAACCGAAUAACCUCCAUGGAGCCUGGUACUUUUGACAAUUUGUCUACCACACUUCAAGUAUUGAAACUGAACAGGAACAAAAUUUCAGCAAUCCCUCAAAAGAUGUUUAAACUUCCCCAUCUGCAGCACCUGGAAUUGAAUCGCAACAAAAUUAAAAAAAUAGAUGGGCUUACUUUCCAAGGACUUCCAGCUUUGAAGUCAUUAAAACUACAGAGAAAUGGGAUUACUAGGCUCAUGGAUGGUGCUUUCUGGGGAUUAACCAACAUGGAAGUCUUGCAGCUGGACCAUAACAACUUAACAGAGGUAACCAAAGGUUGGCUUUAUGGCUUGUUGAUGCUGCAGCAGCUCCAUCUCAGCCAAAAUGCCAUCAGCAGGAUCAGUCCUGACGCCUGGGAAUUUUGCCAAAAACUCAGUGAGCUAGAUUUGACGUUCAAUCACUUAGCAAGGUUAGAUGAUUCAAGCUUUGUUGGCUUAAGCGUGCUAGUUGGACUGUACAUUGGAAGCAACAAAGUAAACUACAUUGCUGAUUGUGCCUUCCGGGGACUUUCUAGUCUGCAGACUUUGGAUCUGAAAAACAAUGAAAUAUCAUGGACUAUUGAAGAUAUGAAUGGUGCCUUCUCUGGUCUGGAUAAACUUAAGAAGCUGAUACUGCAAGGAAACAGAAUUAGAUCCAUUACAAAGAAAGCAUUUUCUGGCUUGGAUGCACUUGAACACCUGGAUCUAAGUAAUAAUGCAAUUAUGUCAGUUCAAGGAAAUGCAUUUUCACAAAUGAAGAAACUCAAAGAACUGCACUUAAACACAUCAAGUCUCUUGUGUGACUGCCAGUUAAAGUGGCUUCCGCAGUGGGUGUCAGAGAACAACUUUCAGAACUUUGUAAAUGCCAGUUGUGCCCAUCCUCAGCUACUGAAAGGGAGAAGUAUUUUUGCUGUCAGCCUAGAUGCAUUUGUCUGUGAUGAUUUUCCUAAGCCACAGAUCACUGUCCAGCCAGAAACCCAGUCAGCAAUUAAAGGCUCCAAUUUGAGUUUUGUAUGUUCAGCAGCCAGCAGCAGUGAUUCCCCAAUGACCUUUGCAUGGAAGAAAGACAAUGAAUUACUGCAUGAUGCUGAAAUGGAGAAUUAUGCACACCUCCGGGCGCAAGGCGGUGAAGUGAUGGAGUAUACCACCAUCCUUCGACUGCGCAAUGUUGAAUUCAGCAGUGAAGGGAAAUACCAGUGUGUUAUUUCAAAUCACUUUGGUUCAUCCUACUCUGUUAAAGCCAAACUUACAGUAAACAUGCUGCCUUCAUUUACGAAGAUUCCCAUGGACUUAACCAUUCGUGCUGGGGCAAUGGCACGUUUGGAAUGUGCUGCAGUUGGGCAUCCUGUCCCACAGAUUGCUUGGCAGAAAGAUGGUGGAACAGACUUCCCAGCAGCACGCAAGAGGCGUAUGCAUGUCAUGCCUGAAGAUGAUGUAUUCUUUAUUGUUGAUGUAAAAAUUGAGGACACAGGCGUUUAUAGCUGUACAGCUCAAAACACUGCUGGAAGCAUUUCGGCUAACGCAACAUUAACAGUUCUAGAAACACCAUCAUUUUUGCGGCCUUUGCUGGAUCGAACUGUAACAAAAGGUGAAACUGCAGUCUUACAGUGCAUUGCUGGUGGUAGCCCUCCACCCCGACUGAACUGGACUAAAGAUGACAGCCCUCUCAUGGUAACAGAAAGACAUUUCUUUGCUGCAAGCAAUCAGUUACUAAUAAUUGUGGAUACAGAUGUAGAAGAUGCUGGGAAGUACACUUGUGAAAUGUCUAAUACACUUGGAACAGAACGAGGCAACAUUCGUCUUAAUGUAAUUCCUACUCCCACCUGUGAUUCUCCUCAAAACAUUGCCCCAGCACUUGAUGAUGAUGGAUGGGCCACAGUUGGCAUUGUCAUCAUAGCUGUGGUUUGCUGUGUGGUGGGCACUUCCUUGGUGUGGGUGGUCAUCAUCUACCACACCAGAAGGAGAAAUGAAGAUUGCAGCAUCACAAAUACAGAUGAAACAAAUUUGCCUGCUGACAUUCCAAGUUACUUGUCAUCCCAGGGCACACUGGCUGAAAGGCAGGAUGGAUAUGGUUCAUCUGAAAAUGGUAGUCAUCAUCAGUUCCUCACAUCUUCUGUGGGAGGGUAUUUCUUACAGCAGAGGGACAGUAAUGGCAUUUGCCACCUAGAUAACGGCAGUGAAACAGACUUGGAGGGUGCUGCAGAUCCAUUUCUGUGCCACUACCUGGGGACUUCAGGGACUGUGUAUUUAAAAGGAAGCACAUACAGCUCUGAGACCUUUGAAGCAUGCAGCACGAGUUGCAGCCCUGACCAAAGAACAGCAAACCUGGAUCCUUAUGAGGCUGGAUAUUUAAAGAAAAUGGAAUGCUGUCGGUACUCACCUCCGCUGGAAGACCCCUUUGACCAAUGCAUUGGCACUAUUGGGAUGCAGGCUACAAGCAGCAAGUUGGUUAACUCCAUUUAUACUCAAAAUGAAGGAAAUGGACUAAAAAGCAGAAGUCUGAACUCAGACAAGCUUGAUUUAAACAGAAGUUUGGAACCCUCAUCUAUUAGUAACAGCACUUUCAUGGGAACAUUUGGAAAGCCUGUAUGGAGGCCUCAGCUGGACUCUCUUUCAAGUCAUAGACAGCCAGCAAGUUGUCAACCGAAAACCUCCCAUAAUAAUCCUCAUUCCUCAUUGGACUUCGAUCCAGAGGCAGAUGAAGAUGGAAGGGAAAGGACAGUUCCUAGAGGAGAAAAUAGCAUUUACAAUUACAAACAGUCCUUUGAAAACUUCAGAACUUUUACUUUUCAAUCCUGUGAUUUGGAUACAUAGCUCCUUUUGGACCUGCCAUUCAUUUCUCGAACCAAAGAAAUACUUUGAUAUGCUACUACCUCAGUGUGGAAUUUUAUUUAAGAAGGGGAAUAAGGAAAGGAAGAAGGGAAGAAAGAAACCACAUGAUGCUAUGAAUUCAGAACUAAUAAAUGCAUUUUUAUUCAAAUAAAACAUAAUUGCCAAAAUGCUCUAAGUUUUUAUACAGGGAAAACAUUCCUUACAUAAAUACUAUAUUUCUAAUUAUUUUAUAGCUUUGUUUUAUGCAAAUAAUAUCUUUUGUAAAUUAAUGGUGUAAAUAAUACAGCAUACGUAUUUCUAUGUCAGACUUCAUUUUAUUGAAAUUAGUAAGCAUUCUAAUUUUGUACUGUUACUUGUAUCUUUUUUUACAAAUGGAAACUCCAUGCUGUUUGCAGGUAUCAUGCAUCUUAUUUGCACAUUACUUUUAAUAAACUAUGCUGCCAUGUGGUCUCUGACCCACAUUAACAUA